ACACUGUCCAUUAAACCAAAUUACAUGUUUGCUCUGCACAGAUAAUCAGGAUGACCUUCACACUCUCAACUCAUUUAUAUGCUCAUAUGAUGAUACACUCAUAGCGCCCCCUGCUGGGAGCGUAUAUUGCUAUAUACUGCUGAGCUUCUCUGGGGAAAAGAGCAGGAGAGGACAUUGGAGGACUCUUGUGCGUGGCUGCGACUCCUGCGGCUCGCAAGGGGUGCGAGGGCCCGCCCAUCGCUGCUUUAAUUUCUGAUUAUUUCUCUUUUUUUGCCCCGAGGGCUAAUAAAAUCCUGUAGCUGCACAGUCAGGCUCACAAAUCUACUGUCGGGCAUUAACAGCAAUCCCACACUCCACACGGGUAGUAAUAACACAGCGGCACCUACACAUACACACACACACACACACACACACACACAAACGCAGUUUAUCCCCUCCAGUCGAGGAAAAUAAUGACACACAAACACACCCUCCUAUAUCCCCAUUCAGUUGCACUGCCAGAGGAAGCUGCUGUGCUGAGAGCUGUUGUAGCAGGUGAUCGCCCUUAUUUGGUAAUGGUCCAGAUCAUGUGACCACAAAAUGGUGGAAGCUGUGAGGUGUUUGUAAGCUGAGCAUCUCCACCGAGAGGCUGUGAGCAGGAAAUAGGCAGGGAACUUGGAAGUACAUCCAUGCUCUGAGACGCAAGAGGACAGACAUUCCUGAGCCCCAGCAUUGGUCCUCCUGGGAAUGGACCUGGCAUCAGAGAGUAAAAUGAACUCUGAGGGGGGUGAAGGUAGACCAGUCCCUCCUACCUCUCUUCCUCUGCAAGGAGGAUCCACCCAGAGAAAGAAGCUAUCUGCCCCUCGUAUCAGCUUGUCUCUGGACCAGAGCGAGGAUGACUUGGGGGAGACGCCAGAUGAUCUCGACAUUAACGUUGACGAUCUCGACACGCCAGAUGAGGGGGACUACCUCGACUACACAGACCAUGAAAUGGACUGGGAAGAUCCGAACGCUGGAAGUAGGAGUGGGACAAGUGAGCCUUAUGAUCCAAUCCCAACAUACAGCGCUGAGGAGGAGCGCCAGGACGGCAAGCUGUGGAGGACGGUCAUCAUUGGGGAGCAGGAGCACCGCAUCAACAUGAAGAUCAUUGAGCCCUACAUGAGAGUCAUCUCCCAUGGAGGUUACUAUGGCAAUGGAGUGAAUGCCAUCAUAGUGUUUGCUGCCUGUUUCCUGCCAGACAGUGACAGAGAGGACUACCAUGAAAUAAUGGAGAACCUCUUCCUCUAUGUGAUCAGCACACUGGAGCUGAUGGUGGCGGAGGACUACAUGAUCGUGUACCUGAAUGGAGCCACACCCCACAGAAGAAUGCCUGGCCUUGGUUGGCUGAAGAAAUGCUAUCAGAUGAUUGAUAGAAGGCUCAGGAAGAAUUUGAAAUCCUUCAUUAUUCUCCAUCCAUCAUGGUUUAUCAGGACCAUUCUAGCCAUUACCAAGCCCUUCAUCAGCACCAAGUUCAGCAGUAAAAUAAAGUAUGUGAACAAUCUGGACGAGCUGCAGGAACUCAUCCCCAUGGAAUACAUCCAGAUCCCAGAGUGCAUCAUUAGACUUGACAAGGAACUGAAGGAAGCAGCGGAGAACUCAAAAAUGAAUAGUUUUCUGCAGGGGCCGGAGCCAACAGCAGCGGGCAGAACAGACAGACCAGACGUAGCCGGUGCCAGCAGCUCUUAAACCCAAACAUCCUAAAUGGUUGGGUCACCUCAAUGUUCAGAAGUCACUGUUGUGUUGUAUGACUGAAGCUAAACAGCAGAGGCAAAGGUGCGUUAUGCUAGAGUGUGUGAGUGUGUGUCAGUGUUUGUCAAUUAGACAUUGGAGUUUAACAUGAAAACACAACUUACAAUAGUUGACACUCAGAUCUUAUUCUUUGUGGCUGCUGUAGCAUCUACUUUACCUUACGCCUGCAAUCCAGAGAACUAUAUAGUCAAGUGUGAUACUUGGCAGCACCUACAGAGUAGCAUCAAUGUUCACGGUAGGGUAGGAAAUGCAAUUACACACCAGACAGUGCACUGCGCAAAUCCAUUUGUAGAGUCUAUAGUGUUGUAGUCGUGUGCAUGAGACGCAGUGAAGCAAUAAUAUCACCCUUUACUGGUCACACAGUCUCAGUACA